AUGGGGAGGAAGCUGGACCUGUCGGGUCUGACCGACGACGAGACCGAGCAUGUUCUCCAAGUGGUGCAGAGAGACUUCAAUCUUCGCAAAAAGGAGGAGGACCGGCUAAGUGAGAUGAAGCAGAGGCUAGCCGAGGAGAACAGCAAGUGCAGCAUCCUCUCGAAGCACCAGAAGUUUGUGGAGCGCUGCUGCAUGCGCUGCUGCUCGCCCUUCACCUUCUUGGUCAACGCCAGGCGCCUCUGUGGGGAAUGCAAGUUCAGCGUCUGCAAGAGCUGCUGCUCCUACCAGAAGCAUGAGAAGCUAUGGCUUUGCUGCGUCUGCCAGCAAGCCAGGCUUCUGAGGACGCAGUCUCUGGAGUGGUUCUACAACAACGUGAAAAGCCGCUUCAAGCGCUUCGGCAGUGCCAAGGUCCUGAAGAACCUGUACAGAAAACACCGUCUGGAGAGCGGUGCCUGCUUUGACAUCCUAGGAGGAGGAUUGUUUGAACCAAACCUGGAGAAUGAAGGGAGUAUUUCAGGAAGUGACUCCACAUUCUACAGGCAGUCGGAAGGGCACAGCAUGAUGGACACCUUGGCUGUGGCCCUACGUGUGGCAGAAGAAGCCAUAGAGGAGGCCAUUUCCAAAGCAGAGUCCCAUGGGGACAGCCUGGACAAACAGAACGAGGCCAGCUACCUGCGGGACCACAAGCAAGAGCUGGCUGAGGAGCUGGCUGGCACCAUCCUGCAGAGGAUUAUAAGAAAGCAGAAGGAUAAGGUUGAGCUGCGAGCCGAAGAGGAGGAGCCAGAGUGGCCACGCCCCCAGAGUGGCAGUGUAAAGGCCAGGGGUGAGGGGACCAUGGCCCCUCCAGGACGACACAAAGCACGCGCCGCCCUCUGGAGGUCUCAGUCUGCAUUCUCCUUUACUACUGAAGACACUCUGAAGACCAGUUCAGCAGAGGCUGCACCAAGGCAGCCCAAGGACCGUGCCCAGCGUCUGCUGGAGGAGUCUGCUCUGCCCAGCUGGAGGAGCAUGGAUGGACUGGAUGGAACAAAUCUAGCCCCACUUUUGCAGAGCCCCGAUGGCAACUGGAUGACCUUGAAGGACAAUGGUAGACAGCCCCCAACCCGCCUGCUGGCCAAACCGAAGAGUGGAACCUUUCAGGCCCUGGAGGUGGCAUCCAGUGUGACAUCUGCCUACGAUGAGAUAGGUUCUGACAGUGAGGAAGACUUUGAUUACAGCAAAGCCUUGAGUAAGCUGUGCCCGCCAUCCCAGGGCAGGCUCAAGCAACCCCAGCCUCAACCUGCACAAGCCCAGAGUUCUGGCCAAGGUCCCUUAGCCACCUCUCCCUCAAACCCUGAGGCCAUGUGCUCGGAUUCAGAGACAUCCUCCACCAGCUCAUCUCAGGAAGCUGGCUGCCGGGCUAAGCUGUCCUGGCUGCAGAGAAAGGCCCCCAAGAACCCUGCAGCAGAGAAGAUGCACCUCCAGGGAGACCUGGAUGUCAAUUUCAAUCCUCAGGUAGCUGGUGGAGAGACUUCCGACAGUAGUGAUCCAGAGGAGACGCUCCGCACUGCAGAGAGGAGAGCCAGGAGGUGGAGAAGGGCCCGAAUGGGCCCAGAGGAGUCAAACAGGGGGCUGCCUUCACCUGGUGCCCAUCCACAGGCUCUGCACACAGCUCAGGUGUCAGACAACGUGUCAGAGACUGAUAUCAGCAAUGAGGCUCAGAAUUCCCGGUCUAGCACAGAUUCUGCUGAGGAGAGGCUGAGAAACAGGCUGUAUGAGUUAGCCAUGAAAAUGAGUGAAAAGGAGACUUCUUCUGGGGAGGACCAGGAGUCGGAGUCCAAGACUGAGCCUAAGAACCAGAAGGGAAGUCUCUCUUCUGAGGAGAACAACCAGGGUGUCCAAGAGGAGCUGAAGAAGAAGUGUUCUGCUGUUUCUCUCUGCAACAUCUCCACAGAAGUCCUGAAGGUCAUCAAUGCUACCGAGGAGUUGAUCGCAGAGUCUGCAGGGCCCUGGGAGAUCCCCCCAGUCUCCACUGACAGAGAAAAUGGGAUGUUUCCUCUUGGGACAGACCAAGUGAGGCUGGACAAGCAGCUGACUUCCUUGGAAGAAAACGUGUACCUGGCAGCGGGCACUGUGUACGGGCUGGAGGGCCAGCUGAGUGAGCUGGAAGAUGCUGCUCGCUGCAUCCACAGUAGCACAGGUGAGACAGAGCUGGCAGAUCUGGAGGACCAGGUGGCUGCAGCUGCAGCCCAGGUGCACCAUGCAGAGCUCCAGAUCUCUGACAUUGAGAGCCGCAUUUCUGCCCUGACCAUCGCUGGCUUAAACAUAGCGCCAUGUGUUCGUCUCACAAGAAAGCGGGAUCAGAAGCAAAGGAGUCAGGUACAAACUAUAGACACGUCGAGGCAGCAGAGGAGGAAAUUACCUGCCCCUCCUGUGAAAGCUGAAAAAAUUGAAGCAUCUUCCGGGACCCCCGUAAAGACAUUCAACCGCAACUUCCUUCUCCACGGCUCCUCCACAAACAGGCCCACUGCAAGUACCAGUAACACCAAGGACGUGAUGGAGCCUGUUCUGGAGUCAGCUGUGAUGUACUAAAGCACGGAACUCCACACACAGCCAGUGACCACUGCCUCCGGCCGUACACGACAGUGCCUUGACCCAACAGCCAUCGAGUACUGUGUGGAUUUCCACUGAG